AAACUGUUUGUUCUUUCAUUGCUAUAGUUUGUUGGAUGGUAUGAUGAUAAAAUGUAUGGUGGUUUGAAGAUGACUCUAGAAAAUAUGAAAGCAGCGGACCCAAAUUUUGUUAUGGGUCAGGUGAUGUCUCUAGGCUUGGAUCUGAUUAGUCUUGGAAGAACACUACAAGGAGAUACUGAACUUAAACAGGAAAUAGAAAAGUUGGAAUCUCUGUCUAAACAACAAGCCUGUGUUUUAACUUCAAGGGAACAAAGUCAUAUUAAGGCUGUCCAAUUAUGGGCUGAUGGAUACUUACAUGAAGCCACCAGUAUGUGGGAUGAUAUUCUUGUUGACCAUCCAUCUGAUAUGUUUGCCAUAAGAAUGGCUUAUGACAGCAACUUUUCUCAAGGCCAUCUACCACAAAUGCGAGACUUGAUUGCCAGAGUUUUUCCUCGUUGGAAACCAACUACUCCUCUCUAUAGCUACUUGUUUGGACAAUAUGCAUUUGGAUUGGAAGAAACCAAUUUUUACUAUAAAGCAGAAAAUCUUUCUAGGAAGGGAUUGGAACUUAAUCCAAAGGAUGCUUGGGCCACUCAUGCUCUUGCUCACGUAUUGGAAAUGGAAGGUCGUACCAAUGAAGGGAUUGCUUUUAUGAGUUCAACAGUGAAGAACUGGGAGGUGAACAAUUUGUUGGUUUGUCACAAUUUCUGGCACUGGGCAGUGUAUCAUAUUGAACAGGGUGAGCUAGAAGCAGCAAUGGAUAUCUUUGAUACACAGGUUGGAAAGAAAUUACAUUCUGGAUCGUUCCUGGACAUUUCUGAUGCUACAGCUCUUUUAUAUCGUUUGGAACUUGAAGGUUAUGAGAUUAAUGUAAACGGGGAUUUAACCAUGUCAAUUUAUAUGGGAGCCCAAGUAAAGGACAGAUGGAGGGAGGUUUCAGAAGUAUGUCGCACAUACAUUGAGGAUCAUACUUCAGCUUUCAAUGACACCCAUAUUUUCAUGUCAUGCCUUGGGGCAAAAGAUGAAAAUGCAACAAAGCUGCUAAUGAAUUCCCUUGAUCAGUACAUCAGAGAAACUAAAGGUGUGAGUUCUAAAGUUUCUGCUAAAGUAGGAAGAAAAAUUAUCCAAGCUCUCCUGGCUUAUGAUGAAGAGAGAUAUGAAGACGUAGUUUCACUGCUUUACCCUCUACGCUAUGAGAUUGUUGAAAUUGGUGGAAGUAAUGCUCAGCGUGAUGUGUUUAACCUACUUCUCAUACAUGCUACCCUUAAGUCUUCUAACAGCCAUCAUCAUAGUCUAGCUCAGAGCCUUUUGUAUGAACGAAAAGCUUUAAAAGAAGGUUCACCUAUGACAGAUCGUCUUAUGGCAAGAGUUUUGGCUUUGCAUCUGUCAUGAGAAUUCUAAUAUCUUGGUUAGUUCAAUCAGCAAGCAACUUUUAUGAAAUAAAUAAUCGUGAAAUAAGAAUAUAUACUAGACAUAGCCAUUCAAAUAUGUUUAUACAUAAACUGAAUGUAACAUUUAGAUAGAUAUACACUUAAAUUUGUAAUGCAUUUAUGUUUAAACAGAUAUUGUAAUCAACUUAAAUAAAGAUUUUUAUAUA